UAGUACUUGUACCACUUCUUGUUCUCUAGCAUUUUCCCUCCUUCGGGCUUCGGCGAUGGCCGCCGGUCUCCUGCUCGGCGACGCUGCGAGGGCCCACCUGGCCGUCUGCCGCCCGCGCCUCUACCUGUGCAGCUGGGCCCCCAGGCCCCUUCGCCCGCGCCACGGCCGCAGCAUCUCCCGCGGCCGGCGCGCGCGCGGCGGCUACGUGCCGGCCAGGUUCGCCGCCUCCGCUUCGGGCGGCGGCGGCGGAGAGGAGCCGUCUCCGUCGGAGUAUGAGGUGCGGAGGGAGAGGGAGGCGGAGAUGACGCGGCGGCUCAAGGAGGCGGAGGAGAUGGAGGAGCUGGAGCGCACGGCGGAGGAGCUGCAGAGCCGGGCCUCCGCCGUUGACGAGUCCGAGGAGGAGAAGCGCGAGCGGGUCCGCCGCGAGCUCCAGAAGGUUGCAAAGGAACAGGCUGAAAGGAGGGCGACUGCCAAGCAAAUGUUUGAUUUGGGACAAAGGGCGUAUGGAAAAGGAAUGUAUGGCCGCUCCAUCGAAUUUUUGGAGGCUGCACUUACUAUCAUACGCCCCUCCUCGCUCCUUGGUGGUGAGAUUCAAAUUUGGCUUGCAAUGGCAUAUGAUGCCAAUAGGCGGCACAAGGAUUGCAUAGCAUUGUACAAAGAAUUGGAGAAUACACAUCCAAUGAUUAACAUCAGGAGGCAGGCAGCUGAACUUCGGUACAUUUUGGAGGCACCCAAGUUGAAGAUCUCCAAUGACGAGGUGGUCACAAUACCACAAAUUGGAUCCAGCUGGGAUUGGUACGCUGGAACAUGGAGUGACAAAAUCGAGGAGCAAGAGAACAAGAAAAGGAAGAUGGUGGCUGCCAGCAGCCAAGCUGAAGCUUCGACGAACAUCUUUAGCAAUCUCUCUCUCCUGCGUCCACCAAGUGAAUGGAAAAAAAGUGCCUGGGUGAUCGUCACUCUAUGGAUCGUUUUGAUUGGAACAGCAUUCUAUCUGCAGAGAUGAACAGCUCAUGCAACUCUUGAAGAUACCAUUGACACUCUCACGACACAACGUGGCCACGCAAAAGCACGGAGACGUCGCAUAUAUGAAAAUGACUAGCAGCAAGGGAUGUUCGGAGACUGUAGGUGCUGGUGAAUUGCAUUUGUUAUUUUCGUUGUGCUAUCCAGGAAAGCUAUAUAUACAUAUUCUCUUGUGUAGUGUACCGGCAUAGCCCAGAAGGUACCUUUUCCGGUCGAAUGUAAAUACCAACUAGAAAUAUAAACGAAAUGUCCACUGGUCCUAUAUUGAUCUCCCACAUUUAGAAAAUUCACUUGUAGCCACGCUUAUCUCUCAGAGCAAUGCUGAUAAUUCUGAUAUGUCGGCGGACUUGUUCU